CUUCCAGUACCUCCAGGCUAGUUAUUAUCAUCCCGUCUCCUGCAUCAGGAUCAAAUAUAGUCUUUAGUGAGAGGGAGUGACACUCUUCUUCAUCCAGCAUGGGUGCCCUCUUAUCUCUGCCUCUGCUGGCUCUUCCCAGCGCCAGCACGGUUCGUGCGCCUCCAUCACCGCCAUCUAAUCCCCCCACUGACAUCAAGGUAGCUCAUCACCCUCGCGACAUCGUGCUGCGGCGCAGCGACCUGCUCGGCAGUAUGUAGUGCAUGCGGGAAGUUUCAGAACAGGUCAGCGACAUCCAAACAGAAAACAAGCCUCGCGCGCCAUAAUGAUGGACCUGGCUGACAUUAGGCACCAACUAACAGUAUGGCUACGAGAAUCGCCUAUGCCUUCAUCCUCUUGUUCAAUUCGAUCAUCUCCUGGAUAAUGCUCACGCCAUGGGCGCUCAAAAAGUUACAACACAUGACGUUAGAUUACAUGGAAAUCAGAUGCGAUGGGAAAGAAUGUUAUGGUUGGGUGGCCGUUCAUCGAAUCAAUUUUGGUCUUGGGCUCUUCCAUUUGAUCCUCGCCUUCAUGCUGCUCGGAGUCAGGUCCUCCAAAGAUGGCCGUGCGGUCCUUCAGAAUGGGUUCUGGGGUCCCAAGAUCAUUCUGUGGCUUGCGCUCGUUGUGGCAUCAUUCUUCAUCCCCGAGUCGUUCUUCUUCGUCUACGGUCACUAUAUCGCCUUUAUCUGCGCCAUGCUGUUCCUUCUGCUGGGUCUAAUUCUCUUGGUGGAUCUGGCGCAUUCAUGGGCGGAAUUGUGCCUGCAGAAGAUUGAAGAUAGUGAUUCACGCACGUGGCGUGGCCUUCUGAUCGGCUCUACUGUGGGCAUGUACGUUGCAUCUCUCGUCAUGACGGUCUUGAUGUAUGUCUUUUUUGCCCACAGCGGAUGCGCCAUGAACCAGGCUGCGAUUACUAUUAAUCUUGUUGUCUUCCUUAUUAUUUCGAUCAUCUCGGUGCAGCCCAUGGUGCAGGAAUCCAACCCCAGAGCAGGAUUGGCCCAGGCCGCCAUGGUUACAGUUUAUUGCACCUAUCUCACCAUGUCCGCGGUGUCCAUGGAGCCAGAUGACCGUCACUGUAACCCUCUGAUUCGUGCGCGAGGCACCAGAACGGCUAGUAUCGUUUUGGGCGCGAUUGUCACCAUGGCUACCAUCGCGUAUACGACCACCCGCGCGGCCACCCAGGGCAUUGCGCUAGGCUCCCAAGGGGGGCACAACUACUCGCAGCUGGGAUCGGAUGACAACGAGCAUGGUCUUGUGACCCAGCAGCCAACCACUCGCCGCGAGAUGCGGGCCGAGGCUCUUCGGGCGGCUGUUGAGAGUGGCGCUUUGCCCGCCAGUGCGCUGGAUGACAGCGACGACGAAUCCGACGAGUAUGACACCAAGGACGACGAAAAGGGAUCGACGCAGUAUAAUUACUCUUUGUUCCAUAUCAUCUUCUUCCUGGCGACCACCUGGGUCGCUACCUUGCUGACCCAGAACUUGGACCCGGAGGCCGUCGACGACUUUGCGCCUGUUGGCCGCACCUACUGGGCUAGCUGGGUGAAGAUCAUCAGUGCCUGGGUGUGCUAUGGAAUUUACCUGUGGACCCUGAUUGCACCGGUGGUUCUGCCGGACCGCUUUGACACCUACUGAUCGUGGGGGUGAAUAGAAAGAUCACGUAUAACCGGGAGUUGGGCGUUGAACAGCGAUAUUUCUUUUUUUCUCGUAGUUGUACAGUUUCCUGCCGUUCUGCGUCAUAGUUGGUGCUGCGAUGCCGCAACUGAAAUCGUCUAUUAUUAUUCUGCAACAUACCAUACUCAGCUGUUAUUGUCUUUGAAGAACCUUCAUGUAUCAUAGUACAGUCUGUCAAGUGCACAAGAAUGAUAUUGAUGUUAUUGGAA